AUGGAGAAAACAAAUAACAACCCGACACCAUUUCUCGGCAGACUCAAACACAAAUCUGUCGCGGAUUGCAUUGGUGCGACGCCUCUCGUCCGCCUUAAUCAUCUGCCUACCGCACUAGGCAUAAAAGCCCAAGUCUUUCCGAAUCUCGAAUACUUGAAUCCCGGCGGCUCAGUGAAGGAUCGGAUCGUGAAGCCCUCGAGCGGUAAUACUGGGAUCGCAAUUGCUCUCAUGGCGGCUAUCAAGGGCUAUAAAUGCAUCAUCACACUCUCCGAGAAAAUGUCGCUGGAAAAAGAGCAGAUCUUGAAAGUACUAGGCGCAAGAGUCAUCCGCACCCCAGCUGGAGUCUCUAUCGACUCCCCAGAUUCCAUCAUCAGUGUUGCAAAACCGCAUGAAUACGAAACCGCAGAGGAGCUAUGGUAUCAGACAGAAGGACAUAUCGAUUCAUUUAUCAGCGCAGGUGGUACUGGAGGUACAGUAAACGAAGUCCUGGAUCAAUAUGGACCUGACUUGUGGAUCAAAACGUCUGAUGCCGACUCAUUCAAUUAUGCGCGUCGCCUUGUGCGGGAGGAAGGGAUUCUGUGUGGGGGAUCCUCGGGCGCGACUAUCGCAGCGUUGGCACAGCUUGUCAAGUCUCACCGUGAACUUAAUGUGGAGGAUAAAGUCAUUGUUGGCAUCUUGGCUGAUAGUCUUCGGAAUUAUUUAACGAAAUUUGCCAAUAACGGGUGGAUGGCAGAGCAGGGUUAUAGUGUUGUUUGA